UCGUGCUUGGCGUGGGAUCCAAAUUCGUGUAAUGUGCCUGAAGCUUCGGAUUUGUUGGCGCCUAAACAUAUUUUCCUGCAUCAUUUGUACCGUGACACUCCCACACUUUACAAGCGGAUAUCAUACUGUCACCUGGACAUUGUCAGUCAUCGCUAUGGCAAUUACCGGUAAUAAUAAUUCAUUGGCCGUCUUGGACACGACGAGCGAUGAUGACGACCUACCGGCGACUGUGAUAGUCGUCGCCUCGGUGUGCGCAUCGGGGCUCGCUCUUGUCACUGUCGUCGGUAACCUUUUGGUAAUCACCGCUUACGUGAAAAACAAGAAACUGCGAAGCAUCGCCAACAGUUUUCUGGUUUCCUUGGCAUGUGCUGACCUGCUGGUCGGAAUUGUGGUCAUUCCGUUCUACAUCUCCCUGGAAUUUGUCAAUCGGGGGAAUUGGUAUCUAGGACAGUGGGCGUGCUUCUUUUUCUUCGCGUUCGACGUCAUGGCCUGCACCGCUUCCAUUUUACACCUGUGCGUCGUUUCGGCCGACCGCUACGUGGCCAUAGUCCAUCCCAUGACAUACCCGGUGAAAAUGACCAGGAGGCUCGCCUGUGUGCUCAUGCUCGUGGCCUGGGGUUUGUCACUCUGUGUGUCCUUCCCCUGGAUGCUGUACUGGAACACCAUCAUUCCAGUGUCGCCCGAACUCGGCAACCACUGCCUGCUGCCCUCCCCAGUGCUUUACAAUGUUGCGUCAUCCGGCAUUUCGUUUUUCGUCCCGGCAACGAUAAUAAUCGUGCUCUACGCGAAGAUGUUCUGCGUAGCUUGGCAACACAGUAGGAGGGUCCAGAAAGGCAGGCUUCAGGUGGGAAAUGGCGAUGGGGAGCCUCACCAGGAAGCCAUGAGAAUACACCGAGGCGGUCGUGCACAACAAGCCCAAACCGAACUACACCGGGAGUACCGAGCAGCGAAGACAGUUGGGCUCGUGGUCGGGGCUUUCAUGGUUUGCUGGUUGCCGGUCUUUAUCAUCAUAGUCAUCAACCCAUGGUGCGGGGAAGCUUGUAAGGAACUCAGAAGCUACAUCAACUGGCUUGGUUUCAUCAAUAGUGCUGUCAACCCUUUCAUUUACGCGUUCACCAAUUUGCAGUUCAGGGAGGCCUUCGCAAGUAUUGUGUGCUUUGCAAGAAACAGGACAGGUAGAGGAAGAAACGGACUGCAUUCGGAUUGCAGGCAAAACAGGUUCUUUGCAGGACAUGCACCCCAAACUCGAGUUUCAAGUUCUCCACCAACGAAAUACCAACUUAAGCACAUCUACUUCUAAAUUUGAUGCAAA